UGGUACAGACAUACCACCUAUCGUGACGACGACGACGACGACGACGACGCCAAGUUGGUGCAGCCACCUCUCGAUAUGGACUUGGCUGGAGCGUCCACGCCGUUGGCCAAUCGGUCCAAAAUGAGUGGUGUUUCUUCGUCUCAGUCACCCAACAUUUCGAUCUCGUUCAUGUCUCCCAUCAGCAAGCUCGACAACCUCCACUUGGAAUCAGAAGACCACGAUGGCGAGUUCAGUCUAGGUGACAAGACCAUCACCAACGACACAGAUAGCGAAAAUGAUGGUGAAAACGACAGAGACAGCGACAACGACAGUGAACUCCAGUUCAAGGAUGAGUCACACGAUGACAACGACCACAGAGACGGCAUGGCGUCGUCGCCACCGGUCUACAUCAACUACCGCAAGCGCCAGCACAUAGAGUCGCCCGUGGUGGCAAUUCUCACCCCUAAAACCCCGUCAGUGAAUAAUGACCCCGAUGCCCAUAUGUCGAUCUGCAACACCAGCUCGGCGUCCAGCCUCCACAAAUUGAGCUUUUCCAAUAGCGACUCCACUCCGUGUCCCGUGCAGCCCAAACGCAAGAAGUUGAAGUUCAAAAAUACCCACGACACCACUCCCUCCACCCGCAACCCGUCCAAGAAGUUGCUCAACUUGUCGCAUUCCAUGAAAACCGACGUCAACUCCAUCAUUAGCCAAUUGCAUGCCCACCAGCCUGAGGACGAGGACGAAGACCUCGGCUCCUCGUCGCCUCCAGCCUCGGGUGGCCUUUCUGGCACCCAGCUCCAGUCCACACCUAUUUCCCAGAGCACACCUGCGAACCUGCGAAGCUCGACUCCUCCUGGAAUGGCUACCCAGGAGUAUGGCGAACCAGUCAAUGGCUACAAGUUUGUGAAGCCCGUAGGCAAGCCUCAUCCCCAGUACACCUACCAGACGCCUGUGAGCAGCCACCCAUCCACAGAUCUCAGACAAGCAUACACCAGAAACGACUACACCCCCAUUAGCAAUAAAUACGAGAUAGUGGGCGAGUUUCCCGUGACUUCUGCUGGACUCAUGGAUGAGAGCAAUGGCGACAUCCACAUCGGCGACAAGCGGAUCAAUGACCCUUACUUGAAGUCCAACUCUUCCUUUGCAUCCACACCCACCUCCAUUCCAUCCGAAUUCAGAGACCAGUACAUGGCAUCGACCAGGCUCCCAAUCGAGCCAGAAUUUUACGAUGUCCAAGAAAGCCUUACUGUGGUUCAGUUACUCGAAUUGGUGAGUGACAAAACCAAGUUGGGCCAGUUUUACACCCACAUUCAAUUGGCUCAAGAGCCGGUGCUCGAGCUCUUGAAGGCAGAAAGAAUUCGAUGGCAUCCUGAUAAGUGGACUUCCAGGCUCCGCGACUCGUCGAUGCCACUACACUUCAAUACCCAGGUCUUGGAUCGGUUGUCACAGGUGUUGAACGAGUUGAUUGAGGAUUAUAGAUAG